AUGCAAAGUGCUUUAGUAGGCUCCUGGCACAACAGUGGCUUCUAUGGGCACUACAGAGGCCAAUUCAAGAGUGAAAGUGCUCGAGAAUAUCGCCUUGCAGCCAAGCCCCAGCCCCCAGCAGUGUUCCUGCAGCGCUGUCAGGAGUCAGCGCAGCAACAUUUCUUCUCCAAGCAUGACAACCACACUUCCUUUGACAAAGGCCCCUACCGCCUGCUACAGGGAAUCGGAAGGCGGAAAGACCUGGAGCGCCUGUGGCCGCAGCACACCUUCCUGUGCUGGGCACCCUGUGAACUGGAGUUGCGCCAGCCGCGGCCCCUUGAAUCCUCCUACCAGGCUGAUUUCCGGCCGGCAGGACUCAGUGACCUCCCCCAGCGCCUUGUCCACUUUGUGCAGAUCCAGCCCCGUGCCAGCACCACCUACCAGCAGAACUUCUGCCAGGCAUCCCGUGGUGGCCAUUGUGGCAGUGACAACAUGGGGCCCCAGGCCCCAGUCACCAACACACUGCCUGACCUCCCAGGGAUCCCAAGACCCAAGCUGCUGCAGCAUUACCUUCAUGCUGGGGUCUCUGAGUGUCUAAACUGGUCCAGAACAUUAAACAAGGACAGCUAA